AUGACCCCUAUGGAUUUUGAGGUCAUAGAGUCAAAGGCCAAGAUCACAAUUCCCGAGAUGAGGUUCACAUUGGAGGAAGAACUGAACCCCACUUGCCUGUUUACAUUUAUUUGCCGGGAGAGAGACUUUAUACAAUUGUGCAACAACUACAGGUUGAAUGUUGUAGAUUCAGAAGACCUUUUUGAGCAGAUCUUGGAUAGUUUACAGGAUGUGAAGCAGUCAGGGCUUAGGGUUCGUCCCCUAUUAUUUGAAACAAUGAAGACGGUGGCCCACCUGAAACUACCAAACCUAGAGAUAAGAUGGAGACCGGCAUGUAAGACCAGAGUGGCACAACACAACAAGAUGCGGCAGGAGGAGAAAGAAGCGGACAGAAAGAGACUGGAGCGCAAAUGCAGAAAUCAGAGAGGGAAUGUUAAGCGUCGGCCACACACCCAGGUUAAGAUUGAAACGAUGGAAGCUAUGAGAGUGGAGAUGGAUCGCAUGAGAGCUGAGAUUGCAGAAUUGAGGGAGGAAGUCAGGUCUCUUAAAGAAGGGGCCAAUACUUGUACGGCCCCUUCAACUGAAAUGGCAGAACAGAGCAGGAUCCCAAGGCCAAAGGGACCUGCAUCUGCCAGUGCGCACAGGAGCCUUUUUGCAGCUGUGCGCAGGAGACCUGGCUUCGCUGCGGGCAGUGCUUCUACAACGUCAACUGCGUGCAGGACAUCAACAACAACUGCAUCAACAACUGCACGCAGUACUUCUGCCCGCAGCACGGCAGCAACUGUGGGCAGCUCUACACGGAAGACAACAUCUGCCCGCAGCUCUGCUGCCACUGCCCCCAGCAUGUCAUCAGCUGGUGGGCAGACUUCUGCCCCCAGCACAUCAUCAGCUGGUGGGCAGACGGUCGAGGGUGGGGCAGCUCGAGGUCGUGGAAAAGUCUCAACAAAACGUAAGCGUGUUGAUGACGAUGGGGGGCAGGCAAAGAAAAAACCGGCUUGGAAAUGAGAAUAAAAAUGCCUGCCCCUCCCCCACCCCUCGACCGGACUCCCUCUUCUGCAUCUCAGCCAAACAACAUCUCUCUCUGAUCCAAAGUAUUUAACGACUAUGAUCCAAAUCGCUCCACAUCGCUCCGCACCUCUUCUUCACCUUGUACAAAAUCCCUGCUCAGCAUCGCUACAUACAUGGCUGCAGUUUACCUAUAAUACGAAGGCUGCAGUGCUCUACAAUGGCUAGAGCUGUGUUUGUGUCAUGCCGGUCUCCAUGGGCCACCGUCAACAACGUCCUGAUUGUGAAUGUUGUCUGAAAAAAACACUUGAAAGGACAUUCCCACGAACAAGAACUGACGAUUUGUUUUAAGUUGUUUGUGUUCAUUUUUUAUUGGUUAAAUACAGGUUUGCCUUUUGAAAGAUGCCAUUUUUUCAACAGUGUUCUUUAAAAAAAAAAGAGAAUGUUCAUAGCCUCUUUCAUGUUUUAAAGGUAUGAUGUUCAUAUUACUAGACUUAUUUCACACCUGUUAAAAUCAGAUAAAUUUCUGAAAAG